UCCAUAGUGUUCAACUACCAAAGUGGGCAAGACUCGGUGCUGUUAGUGAACCAAGAUGACUACAAUAACUGUCAUACAGAAUCGCCCAUAAAGCACUUUUCAGAUGGCCACACCAUCAUCAAGUUUGAAAAAUCUGGCCCUCACUACUUCAUAAGUGGUAUCAAAGACAAUUGCCUCAAGAAUGAGAAAUUGGUGGUGGUUGUAUUGGCUGAUAGAACCAAGCAAUACUCUUCUCCGCCACCCGCUCCGGUCGAGGAACCACAAUCUCCUCCGCCCGAAGCUCCGGCCCAGAUGAACCCAACCCCGUCGCCAACCGCCGAGGGGCCUCCUUCCAAUGCAGCAUCAUCUUCUACAUCAAUCAUCAGCUUCUUUUUGGGCUUAACUGGAAUGGUUGCAACUUCCAUGAUUCUUUUGUAAUUACAUAAUAAUUUAGGGUUUGUAUAAUGGGUUUGCAUUAUUUUUUCCUUUUAA